AAGCACGUGAAUUUGCAUAAAGCCGGAACACGUGAGUCUCUCUCCAUCCGUGUUGGUUUACUUCUGAAGGUGAAGCCACUUUUACCUUGCCGCUGGCCUCCACUCAAAUCAGUCUGAAGAUGUCGACCGUGUCCGCUGCCUGCGCGGAGCCUGCUGCUGACGCCACCGAACAGAAGAAGCCACUCAAACCGUGCUGUGCAUGUCCGGAGACCAAGAAAGUCAGGGAUGCUUGCAUCAUUGAGAAGGGGGAGGAAAGCUGCGCGGUCCUGAUCGAGGCUCACAAAGACUGCAUGCGGGCGCUUGGAUUCAAGAUAUAACACCUGCCUUUUUUUUGUGUGUUUGUGUGGCUUUGCAAGAUGUCCCUCCCCGGUGAUCCCUUCUCCCCCCCCCUCCCUCUUAUUUAUACCUCGGGCCAGCAGGGAAAUGAGACCAUGCUCUGAUGGGAUGACUGUCCUUUUCUGUGAAAUUGUUUUUUUAAAAGUGUGCAGAAUUUGAGAACUGUGUGACUGUUUGUUGAAUAAAAGUCCUAUGCAAUAA